GCCUUAACCCUCUAGUAUUCCUUCUCUGGGACAUCAAGCAUACAUACAUACACACACACACACACACACACACACACACACACACGCACGCACGCACGCACACACACACACACACACACACACACACACACGCAUACCAAGUGCAUGUCUGGUGCCAAGGACCCCCUGGAACUGGAGUUACAGACAGUUGUGAGCUGCCAUGUGGAUACUGGGAAUUGAACCCUGGUCCUCCAGAAGAGCAGCCAGUGCUCUUAACCACUGAGCCAUCUCUUCAGCCCCCUUCUUUUUUUUAUUUUUGAGAUUUCACUAAAUUGAAAGCCUGGAUUUGAACUCAUGCUGUAGUCCAGGCAGGCAGCAAACUGUGAUCCUCCUGUCUUACCUUCCCAAUUCCUAGUUGGGAUUCUAGGACUGGACCACCAGGCCUGGAUUGGAUUCUGUAACUACAACUUCACAUAACAAGGACAGGAGGGGACCAAGGUGAGUUAUGGACUAACCUAGUUGGAGAGAGUACUAGGCCCAGAAUGGUCCCCAGACUUCAUCAUCGUAUCACAGGGACUUCAGCCUCUAAUAAGGAAAAUCUCAGAGCUGUGUAUUACUACAGCAUGCCUGAUCUUGUUGCAAUUCGAGAGGAGAUAUUGGGACCAUCUGACAGGGAGAGGUCAAGCACGGAAGGUGUCUGAUGGCUGACGGAGGAAAACUGAGUAGGGCACUUUCAUCCUGUCCCUCUCUGGCCAGCACCUCAAACCCUUCAGCAAAGGGCAGCAGCAGGAGGAAAGCGCUGGGUGUCUGACUGUCUGGAGACUGGAAGGAGCUCAGCAGAGCCAGCCCACAAACAGACAAGAGACAGGGGCUUGCCUGCCUCCCCACACAUAACCAAACAUGCAGCCCACACAAUGGCACUCACCCCUCUCUGAUGACUUGGCACAACCUCCUGACAGUCACACACACACACACACACACACACACACACACACACACACACACACACACACACACACACACACACACACACACACACACGCCAUCCACCGCCCACUCUGAGUAGGACCCCAGAGCUGCGGGGUUUUGCAGCCUACCAGCUGCAGGCCCUGCCAGCCCUCCCUCUCCUCUAAGGCUGGGUUUUUCCAGCCGGAACCUCGCUCCCUCCCUCUACUGCAAUCUUUGGAAACCGGUGUCUGACGCGGCGGUUCCCGCCUAUUAUUUAUUUAUUUCUUCUUUUCUCCCUGCUGAGACCCUCCUGUCAGAGGGAGAGCCGCAGUCCGGAGACAGAGAAAGGCAGAAGCUACAGGAGGAGCUGGGAGCCAAAGAGAGGUGGAGAGAGACUCCCAUACACCCCUGUCUGCUUUCCACAGAGGACCAUGAGCACUGGGCAAGAGGCCAGGAGAGAUGAGGGAGACUCUAGGAAAGAACAGGAAGCCUCGAUUCGGGACCGAGCCCACCUGAGCCAGCAGCGCCGACUCAAACAGGCCACCCAGUUCUUGCACAAGGACUCGGCUGACCUGCUGCCCCUGGACAGCCUCAAGAGGUUAGGCACCUCUAAGGACCUGCAGCCACACAGUGUGAUCCAAAGACGCCUGGUGGAGGGAAAGCAGAGGCGGCUUCAGGGGGAGUCCCCCCUGCUGCAGGCUCUGAUCCGUGGCCAUGACAGCAGCAGGACCAGUGCGACACAGGUUCCAGCUCUUCUUGUCAACUGCAAGUGCCAGGACCAGAUGCUUCGUGUGGCUGUGGACACAGGGACCCAGCACAAUCAGAUAUCUGCUGGAUGCCUCAGGCGCCUGGGGUUAGGAAAGAGGGUCCCCCAAGCCCCAGGUGGGGAUCUGGCACCUGAGUCAACAAGUCAGGUGGAACAGGUGGAGCUGGAGCUGGGGCAGGAGACGGUGGCAUGCUCGGCCCAGGUGGUGGAUGUGGACAGUCCUGAAUUCUGCCUGGGACUGCAGACUCUGCUUUCCCUCAAGGUAAGGUGUCCAUGCUUGGGCCUGACCCAAAAUGCUAGGACAGAUAGAAGGCUCAGGGUGGAAGCCCCAAUCAGACUGGCAAGACUGAGAGGUGCUAAAAACUCGGAACUUGCUUAAUUAUCCCCAAAAGGAAAAUGAAAUGGGUUCAUUCCCCCUCUGAUGGGGCAGGGGCAUGGGAGUAGCGGGAGGCAAAAGGGAGCAGGUAUGAGCUAGCAGGGAGGUGACCACACAUCCGCGGUCCCCACGGCAGUGCUGCAUUGACCUGGACCGUGGAGUGCUUCGGCUGAAAGCCCCCUUCUCGGAGCUGCCCUUCCUGCCUCUGUAUCAAGAGCCUGGCCAGUGACCACUGUCUCAGCCAGUCCCUAGGGCAACACCGUGCCUUAGGGAAGAGUGGUGUGGAGUGGGUAUUACCUGAGCAGGGCAUCUGGAGACCACUGCAUUAAUCUCUUUACUCACCACCCUGAUCCCGCAGUAGGCCACCUUUCUUCUGCUUCUCCAUCGCUGCCCUCUGCCCUAGGAACUCCUACCGAGAGUACUGUGACUCUGAGGUCCUGGCUUCCCCAAUCUCUCUUAUCCCUUACCAAGUGCACAACCCAGUCACUUAUAGAAAGGGACCUCCAGAAAAUGGGCUCUAGACUUUACCCUGGCUGUGGGGGUCAAAGUUACCUGCUGCCUCCACCAGCCUGAAGUCCACCCCAAGCUGGCCCUCCUGACACAUGUACUCAUCUGCUUACAGCUGGGGAGGGGGGACACAAGUAGGGCUGUUGGUUAGGAAGGCAGUCCCUGAGCUGAGGGCCUGUAGUCAGUACUCUUUCUGGGUGGCAGAUGUCUGAGUGUCUUUCUGGCUGAGCUGACUCUCAAGUCUUAGGGGAAGAGAGACAAUAUUUCUAACCCAAACCAGGGAACUGGGCCCCUUACGUGGGAACUCAAUACAAAGCCUAUGUGGACCAAAGAGGAACCAGCACACAAAGUGUCACUUUCUUCACUUUCAAAAGCACUCUGGGUGCUGGGUGUGGGGCUCCUCGUCUCAAUCCCGACUCCCUCCCUCAUUGCAGUGCUUUGAGACAAGCUCCCUCCCAGUCUGCCUCCUCCUGCACCAUUAGAGGCAGACCAGCCCAGGGCAGGCCCUUGGCCUGCUUCCGCAUUUGAAUAAACAAUGUUUCUCUAA